ACGAGAAGCGCAAAACGGCGAUAGCGAAGUUGAAGGCGAACAAGCGAAGGAUAAGAGAGAAGAAAGAGAGAUCUGCUGUGAAGAAAGGAAGGAACUUUUGGACUAAUAACAAUGAAUAUUAGCUCGGGUUGCAAGCUGUGCACUCGAUUUGUUCGCUCGGGAAGAACACCACAAGUACUCCUCUCGAGUUCUGCAGCAGCCACGACAGAAAAGUUGACCAUGGAAAAAAGUGAACAGAGAAGAAAAAGACGUAAAAUUUUAGACCAGAUUCUUAGGGUUGAUCACGCAGGCGAACUUGGUGCAAAUUAUAUUUACAAAGGCCAGUUGAAGGCUCUCGGCUCAUCGUCGCCAGCUGCUAAAACUAUUGAAGAUAUGUGGAGUCACGAGAAGGAGCACUUGGCCACUCUGGAGGAGAUGAUGCCGAGAGAGAGGACCAGACCCAGUCUACUCCAGCCACUCUGGCAGUGUGCCGGAUACACACUAGGCUAUGCUUCUGGACUGAUGGGAGAGAAGGUUGCAAUGGCAUGUACAGAUGCGGUGGAAGAAGCUAUCGUAGAUCACUACAAUGAACAAAUUAGAGAGCUUCUCGAAAAGCAGGAGGAAAACCAAGACAGCUAUGAGGACGUUGCUCAGAUAUUGUCAAAAAUGAGAGACGAGGAGCAACACCACAUGGACGUGAGCAAAGAAAAUGAUUCAGAAUCAGCGCCCCUUUACUCUGUCAUGAAGUCGGUAAUCAAAACUGGAUGUAAAGUGGCAAUUUUUGCUGCUGAAAAAGUUUGAGAACGAGAAAACUAAACUAAUUCAUAGUUUAAAGUUAUGUAAAGUGGCAAUUUUUGCUGCUGAAAAAGUUUGAGAACGAGAAAACUAAACUAAUUCAUAGUUUAAAGUUAGUUUUGCGAAUUUAGUAUAAUAUUGUUGUAUCUAACUAUGGCAAAUUGUAAACUAGCCAAAUUGUAAACUAGAGGGAAGACGAUUGAGUGCACCACAAGGGAUGUAGUUAAUCAUGGUUUGAGAA